UUUCCAUAGUAUCUUUUUAUGUAUUUCAAUGUCAUUUGUGCAAAUAUGUUUUUUGUUUACAAAUUAAUUAAUGUGACAAAAAAUUGUAGCGUAAGGAGAUGGGUGGAAAUGGUAGCCAAACCAGAGGCGAAGAAGCUGCUGAUGCUAGCAAGGUAUCUGAUCAAUCAGCUGAAAGGAAAAAAAGUUUGGUGGACUGGAUGAACUUGAUUAAACCUGCUAAUGAGGAGAAAGAUCACUGGGUUCCGGAUGAAGUUGUUAGCAAAUGCACAUCAUGUGGAUCAGAUUUUGGAGCUUUCAAUCACAGGCAUCAUUGCAGGAAUUGUGGCGAUAUUUUCUGCGACAAGUGCACAAAGGGUAGAAUUGCUCUCACUGCAGAAGAAAAUGCUCAGCAAGUCCGAGUUUGUGAUAGAUGCAUGGCAGAAGUUUCUCAAAGGUUAAGCAAUGCAAAAGAAGCUGUCAGCAAACCUACCGGUCUGCAAAGUCAUGAAGAUCUUGCACGAAGGCUUCAGGAGGAAUUGAACAAGAAUCGUUCAAAUUCUGAUGAGUCUUGGAAGCCAAUGAGGGAAGUAGCAUGUCCCAUCUGCACAGUCCACCUUCAGGUGCAAGUUCCUGCCUCAGGCUCCCAAACAAUCGAAUGUGGUGUCUGUCAACACCCUUUCUUAGUUGAUGCAGGUCGAGUCAACCACAGCCCCACAUCGAGUCAAUAAACCGUGGCCGGUUUCAGGUUACAGCAAGAAAUCCAUGCCCGGUGCUUUUCAGACAUGUAUUAUGGUUCAUCAUCAUAAGUCUGAAUGUACUGGAUCAAUCAGCAGAGUUAAUGGACAACCUUCAGAGGUUUCACGGAAACAAGGACUUCAUUGGGGAAGUUCUUUCUUUCCUUUCUCGGCCUUACCCUCGGUCAAAUGCAAUCAGAUUAUGCAAGGUAGAAAUGGCUGCCACGGUAAGAGGCUUUGGUUACUACAAAAUUUUGGGAAUUCAAAUGUAUGCAGCUGUCUCUCCCUGUGCAGUAAGAUUUUUUUCCUAUUAUUGAAGUCCUUGGUGCUUAUUUGCUACCUCCACCUUUCUGCACAACAAAAAUGGUCUACAGAUUGGAGGAACGCCAUUGUGGACCUUCUAUAUUGGUUUGGUAUGAAGCCCCCAUUCAGCACAUAGGCUGGUCUUUCCAUGCUAGUUGGUAGAUAUCAUGUGUCAAGGUUGGCAACCUUCUUUCCAAAAUCUUUGCAUCAAAAUGCAAGUGCAGCCAAAAGAAAGAGUAGGGAUGUCUCCUCUAAUGCUGUGUUACCUUUGCUUGGAAUUGGUGUUCCAAAAUCAUUGCCAAUAGGUUUUGUGUCCUUUUCUUAUAUUUGUGGCAUUUCUCUACUAUAUUAUCAGUUUUGUGUAUUCUUUGCAUGAGAUAAAGAUACUUAUGUAGGUCAUUAGAAUCCAAAAACAAAGCAAAAAAAUCCUGGAUCCUUUUCUUAUAUACAUGUGUUCUGUUGCAUCUUUUUGGUGUGUCCUUGCAUGUGAUAACAUAUGGUUCUAUAGUUUAUUAUACUCUAAAACAAUUAAGUGCUACUUAUGAUUAUGGAUAUAUAUGAUUAUAUUUUAGGAUUAUUUAGAUACUGCAGAAUUCAGAUCAUAUCUACAACCUCCUAAAGUACAAAUGGAAGUUAUCUUAACGAAUUACAUUUUCAUAUUCUGGAAUGUACAUUUCUGCAUGCAUAGACCUUAAGAUAUCGACUUAAUCCAGUUUGGUACAGUAUAAUAUUUUUUCAUGAUUGUAUUAUGCUUCAAUCUAUUGAUCACAAUAACUUAAAUAACAUUCUUUUGAUCGAUGUACUUCAGGAUGCAGAGAUUGUUUGGAACAUGCCAAAUACAACACUAGCAAUGAUGUGGAGUAUCUGAAAACAUAAAAAUAUUUGUGAGGCAGUUGCUCUACAAUCCUAGACUUCUAUCUGCAUAUCCCGCAGCUUUUGUUGAAGCAAAGCUCUGUCAAGUUGAACAACAGCGUGAGCUGAAUUAGCAGAUUCAAAAACAGCCCUGAAACUUUAUGUU